AUGUCUUCAUCAAUGCCUAUAAAGUUUCAGGAGCAUUUGCAACUACUGAAUGUUGGCAUACAGCCUACCAGCAUCGGAUUCAAUUCCCUGACAAUGGAAUCCGACAAGUUCAUUUGUGUUCGUGAAAAAGUCGGCGACAACCAAUACGCCGUUGUCAUAGACAUGAACGACCCCACCAACCCUACGAAAAGACCCAUCACGGCCGAUUCCAUUAUUAUGAAUCCUGUCAGUAAAGUAAUGGCACUUAAAUCGGGAAACGUGCUACAAAUCUUCAAUAUCGAACUCAAAACCAAAAUGAGCAUGCAUAAGAUGCCCGAACCCGUUAUCUUUUGGAAGUGGAUUAAUCCUAAUACAAUUGCGCUGGUAACGGCCGGGUCUGUCUACCACUGGUCUAUUGAAGAAAACUCCACCCCUGUCAAGAUGUUUGACCGACAUUCUUCCUUGGCUGCCGCUCAAAUAAUCAAUUAUCGAACUGAUGAAAGCUGCAAAUGGUUGCUUUUGAUAGGUAUUUCUGUCCAAGAUAAUCGGGUUAUUGGCUCGAUGCAACUCUACAGUGUUGAUCGCAAAGUCAGUCAACCCAUUGAGGGUCAUGCAGCCGCGUUCGUACAGUACAAAGGCGAGGGACAGCCAAAUCCGACAACAUUGUUCUGUUUUGUUGCCAGGACUGUUCAGUCAUGCAACCUUCACAUAAUUGAGGUGGGCCAACCUCCCGAGGGUAACCAACCCUUUACAAAGAAGAACCUCGAUGUUUAUUUCCCACCAGAAGCUCUCAAUGAUUUCCCUGUGGCCAUGCAAGCAUCUCAAAAGUACGCAGUUGUCUUCCUCAUUACUAAGAACGGUUAUCUCCAUAUUUAUGACAUUGAGUCUGGUACUUGUAUUUAUAUGAACCGCGUCAGUAAUGAAACCAUCUUCGUAACUGUUCCGUAUGAGGCUACAUCCGGUAUCAUGGGUGUUAACCGCAAGGGGCAGGUCCUCUCUGUGAGUAUUGAUGAGGAAAACGUCGUAAAUUACAUUAAAGGGACACUUAAUAAUCCAUCACUCGCCUUUCGAUUUGCUGCCAGAUGUGGUCUUCCAGGUGCAGAGGACCUGUUCAUCAAAAAGUUUGAGUCGCUUUUUCAGGCUGGUCAGUAUAGCGAAGCCGCCAAAGUGGCUGCUAGCGCGCCAAAUGGUAUUCUACGAACGCCUCAAACCAUUCAGAAGUUUCAUCAGGUCCCAAACACAGCGGGUCAAACGUCGCCUCUGUUUCUCUACUUUGGCAUUCUAAUCGAUCAAGGUCAACUGAACAAAUACGAGAGUCUAGAGCUCUGCCGACCCGUCUUGCAGCAGGCUCGUAAGCACCUCAUUGAAAAAUGGCUCAAAGAAGACAAGCUUGAAUGCUCAGAAGAAUUGGGUGAUCUCGUCAAACAAGCCGAUCCAACUCUGGCUUUGUCAGUAUACCUUCGUGCAAAUGUGCCCCCGAAGGUUGUUCAAUGCUUUGCGGAAACCGGUCAAUUCCAAAAAAUUAUUCUCUACUCCAAGAAAGUCAACUACUCACCUGAGUAUAUCUCCCUACUGCGCAAUCUGACUCGCAUCAAUCCCGACCAGGGCUUGCAGUUCGCUCAAAUGCUUGUGCAGGAUCAGGAACCUUUAGUCGAUCUCGAGCAAGUGGUUGAUGUUUUCAUGGAACAGGGUCUUGUUCAACAGUGUACCUCCUUCCUUCUUGACGCUUUGAAGCACAAUCGUCCCUCGGAGGGUCAUCUUCAGACUCGUCUCCUUGAAAUGAAUUUGAUGUCAGCGCCACAGGUUGCCGAUGCUAUUUUGGGUAACCAAAUGUUCACCCAUUACGACCGAGCUGCUGUUGCUCAGCUCUGUGAAAAGGCUGGUCUUUUGCAACGUGCCUUGGAACAUUAUACCGAUCUCUAUGACAUAAAACGUGCCGUUGUCAAUACUCAUCUUCUUAGUCCUGAGUGGCUUGUGAAGUACUUCGGCUCGCUGUCGGUCGAUGAUUCGCUGGAGUGUCUUAAAGCCAUGUUGCAGGCGAAUAUUCGUCAAAAUCUGCAGGUCUGUGUUCAGAUCGCUACAAAGUACCACGAGCAGCUCGGCACGAAUGCUCUUAUUGAGAUUUUCGAGUCUUUUAAGUCGUUCGAGGGUCUCUUCUAUUUCCUCGGCUCUAUUGUUAACUUUUCACAAGAUCCUGAGGUUCACUUUAAGUACAUUCAAGCCGCCUGUAAAACUGGACAGGUUAAAGAAGUUGAACGAAUCUGCCGCGAAAGUAACUGCUACGAUCCUGAACGCGUCAAAAAUUUCCUCAAGGCAAGUUUUUUUGAGGCCAAGCUUACUGACCAAUUACCUUUGAUAAUUGUUUGCGAUCGUUUCGACUUUGUUCACGACCUUGUUCUCUAUCUAUAUCGCAACAACCUGCAAAAGUAUAUCGAAAUCUACGUGCAGAAAGUCAACCCAGCGCGUUUGCCUGUUGUGGUGGGCGGUCUGCUUGAUGUUGACUGUGCGGAUGAU